CCUCCACGAGUUUUAAAAAAAAGUUCGUCUUAACUAUAGUAUGUUAAAAACAGUUUUCAUAUAUACAUAUCCUAGAAGCUUAGUGACACGUUUUGCGCGACACACCAGACUUAAUUCUUCUUGUGACGUGAGGAUGUCUUCAAAUCAUACACUCAUCCACAGAGAUAUUGGUCUUCAGCUUUGACUUUCAGAAGAUUUACUUUUUGGAUAGGUCCACAAAGGACGUUGAUGCAUCUUUCGGGAGUGUGAUUCAUUUCUUGACACACAUCGGUCAAUGAUUUUCCACUUUUGGUGAGUUGAGAAUGUCUCAGCAGAACUUGACCGUCCUGGAGCUGGACGAAGAGGAGUGCCUGAAGGAGCGCAAGUGGUGGUGCUUCUUGCUUUCCAGCAUCGUUACGUUCCUGGUGGGUCUCUUCGUCAUCCUGCUCUGGCGGGCUCUAGCCUUCGUCUGCUGCAGGCCCAAGGCACAACCCAAGGCCAAGGUACCUGAAGUUAAAAGCCAAGGUGGAGGAGGAACUGGGGAUGGGAAGGAGGUGACAGAGAUUGGAUUUAUGACCGAAGCCAAGGACUGGGCGGGAGAACUCAUUUCCGGACAGACCACUACUGGGAGGAUACUCGUGGUGCUGGUCUUUCUUCUUAGCAUAGCUUCCUUGAUCAUUUACUUCAUCGACGCGUCCAGGAUGGACAAAGUGGAGACUUGCCACUCUUGGUCCACAAAUACGACGCAGCAAAUCGAUUUAGCACUCAAUAUAUUUUUUAUGGUCUACUUUUUUAUACGUUUCAUCGCUGCUAGCGACAAGCUUUGGUUCAUGCUGGAGCUAUAUUCGUUUGUUGACUACUUCACCAUCCCUCCUUCCUUCAUCUCCAUCUACCUGGGCAGGACCUGGAUUGGCCUCCGUUUCCUGCGCGCCCUCCGGCUCAUGUCUGUACCGGAUAUCCUGCAGUACCUGAACGUCCUGAAGACCUCAUCCUCCAUCCGUUUGGCGCAACUCGUUUCCAUCGUCAUCAGCGUCUGGCUAACCGCGGCUGGAAUCAUUCAUCUGUUGGAGAACUCUGGCGAUCCCUUAGAUUUUUCAAACCCUCAUGAACUGACGUAUUGGGAGUGCGUCUAUUUUCUGAUUGUGACCAUGUCGACUGUGGGUUACGGGGACAUCUACUGUGUCACCAGCUUGGGGCGUGGAUUCAUCGUCCUCUUUAUACUUGUUGGACUGGCCGUCUUUGCGAGCUGCAUACCAGAGAUCAUAGAUUUAGUGGGAACUAGACCCAAGUACGGUGGAGAGUUCCGUAGGGAACAUGGCAAAAGACACAUAGUGGUAUGCGGCCACAUCAACUACGACUCCGUGUCCUACUUCUUGAAGGAUUUUCUCCAUGAAGACCGAGAAGAUGUGGAUGUCGAGGUCGUUUUCCUGCACAGGAAGCCUCCGGAUCUAGAGUUGGAGGGUCUCUUCAAGAGGCAUUUCACGACGGUCGAGUUCUUCCAAGGGACAGUGAUGAAUCCCGUCGACUUACAAAGGGUCAAGGUAGACCAGGCGGACGCGUGCCUGGUAUUGGCCAAUAAGUACUGCCAAGACCCGGAUGCUGAAGAUGCGGCCAACAUUAUGCGCGUCAUUUCCAUAAAAAACUUCUCGGAGCAUAUACGUGUCAUCAUACAGCUCAUGCAAUAUCAUAACAAGGCGUACCUUCUAAACAUUCCGAGCUGGAACUGGAAGAAGGGAGACGAUGUCAUUUGUUUGGCGGAAUUGAAGCUCGGAUUCAUCGCACAGAGCUGUUUGGCGCCUGGUUUCUCUACCAUGGUCGCCAAUCUCUUCGCCAUGAGAUCAUACAAAACAAGUCCGGACACCCCUGCGUGGCAGAACGACUACCUCUGUGGCACGGGAAUGGAGAUGUACACAGAAACCCUUUCACCCUCCUUCGUGGGCAUGAGCUUUCCACAAGCAGCAGAGUUGUGUUUUGUAAAACUUCGUCUGCUGCUGUUGGCAAUCGAAGUUUCCGAGGAAGGGGGUGGGGACUCCAAAAUCUCCAUCAACCCCAAAAGUCACGUGAAACUCACGCCCGAUACCCAAGGAUUCUUCAUCGCACAAUCAGCUGACGAAGUCAAAAGAGUUUGGUUCUAUUGUAAAACUUGUCACGAAGACGUGAAGGAUGACAAACAAAUUAAGAAGUGCAAAUGCAAAAAUCCUCCAGCCACAUCCGUCGUUUUACCACGCAACGGGCAUAGACAAAAAAGUCCAGGAAAAUUGAAUUCCAGCGGUUCUUUGAGCAGCGCAACCUCUAAAAAGUCCCGUCACAACAGGCCAUCAGGAGCACGGCUGGGCAGCCUGGAGUUGGGACCUGGAGGUGACUUUGAUUUCGAAAGGACAGAGAUGAAAUAUGACUCGACAGGAAUGUUCCAUUGGUGCCCUGCUCGAGCCAUUGAGGAAUGCAUACUGGAUCGGCAACAAGCGGCAAUGACGGUGCUAAACGGUCAUGUGGUGCUGUGUCUUUUUGCCGACAAAGAUUCGCCGUUGAUUGGUCUGCGAAAUCUGGUAAUGCCCCUUCGCGCCUCCCACUUCCACUAUCACGAAUUGAAACACGUGGUGGUGGUGGGAAACGUUGAUUACCUACGCAGAGAGUGGAAGAUGCUUCAGAACCUGCCCAAGAUUGCCGUCCUGAGCGGCAGUCCCUUGAGUCGUGCCGAUCUGCGUGCCGUGAACAUCAACCUUUGCGAUAUGUGCGUCAUUCUCUCGGCCAAGAUUCCCAGCUCGGAGGACCCGACGUUGGCCGACAAGGAGGCCAUUUUGGCCUCACUGAACAUUAAGGCCAUGACUUUCGAUGAUACCAUUGGAGUCCUUACGCAUGCGGGCCCUGGAAGCGCACACUACGAUCCCGGACGUGACGGUGGACUCGCCUCUCCACUGGGGAGUCCCAUAGUGCUGCAACGUAGGGGAUCGGUCUAUGGGACCAAUGUGCCACUGAUCACCGAACUCGUGAACGACACGAACGUCCAGUUUCUGGACCAGGACGACGACGACGAUCCUGACACCGAGCUCUACCUGACGCAGCCUUUUGCCUGCGGAACUGCCUUCGCCGUCUCCGUCCUCGACUCACUCAUGAGCACGACUUACUUCAAUGCAAAUGCUCUGACACUUAUUCGUUCGCUGAUAACGGGUGGAGCCACGCCCGAACUGGAGCUUAUCCUGGCGGAAGGUGCGGGACUACGAGGGGGAUACUCCACCCCCGAAUCCUUGGCAAACAGGGAUCGAUGUCGAGUGGGACAGAUAUCCCUAGCCGACGGACCCCUAGCACACUAUGGCGAAGGAGGACGCUAUGGAGACGUGUUUGUGUCUGCUCUCCGGAAUUACGGAAUGCUGUGCAUCGGACUUUACCGGUAUCGGGACACAAGCCUGGAUCCGGACGCGUCUACCAAGCGAUACGUCAUCACCAACCCUCCUGCCGAAUUCUCACUUAUACCAUCGGACAAGGUGUUUGUCUUGAUGCAGUUUGAUCCUGGGCUCGAGUACCAACCGAACCGGGGCGAACGAGACGACCAUUCCUGACCACAGCGCAUGCGCCGAAAGGGCAUCUCUCGUCAAAUGAGGAACCACUCUAACUACAGAUAACAGGGACGUCAACUCCAUUCAGCUCAGCUUCAGCUUUGCCUUAUAUCUCCUCGUGAGCCUUCGGAAAAACUUUGCGGAAUUUUUCCUUCGAAGAGAACAACGAUCAAAAGAACUGUGUGGACGACACAGUCAAGCACUCCAGUAUUUUCUCACUUACCACUAUGAGAGGUUGCAGGAAAUGUAGCCUAUUCAAUGAUACCAAAGAAUGCCUCAAGUUGAAGAGAUUGUCAAAGACGGGCUUGGAGUUAAUUGUAAUAAAAUGUAAUCGACUAAUGGUUUCUGGUUUGUUAUAGUCAAUUGAAAUGAUUUGGAAAUCAGUUUUUCAACUACUGAAUCCAGGGGCGCCCUAAUGGGAGGUCACGGAAGGUCACUGUGAGCUUCCA